AUGGCCACUACAACUCCAAUGCUGGUCAUUGUAGCUGGUGCUACAGGCGACCUUGCCGGGCGGAUCAUUCAUAAGCUACUACAAAUACAGUCUGUCCAAGUUCGAGGCUACGCACGUUCCCCGGAAAAGAUUACCGAGUCUAUCCGAGAGCAUGAGCGCUUCAGCGUCGUCCAAGGUCAGGUUGACGACAAAGCUAAAAUCCGGGAGGCUAUCAGAGGCGCCUCGGUAGUGAUUUGCGCGUAUCAAGGUUACGACGAUGUCAUGUAUGAUGGUCAGAAAUACCUCAUUGAUGCGUGUGAGGAGUUGGGUGUCGAGCGUUAUUUUGCGUCCGAUUGGACGCUAGAGUACGAUAGCCUCUCUCUUGGCCAACACGAAGGUAAAGACUGCAUGCUCAAAGUAAAGGCGUACCUGCAAGGCAAGCGCACCAAGGGCGUGCAUAUCUACAUUGGUUGCUUCGUGGAAACCUUCUUAGGCUAUAUGAAUGUCUGGGAUCCAGAAACAACGGCGUUCACCUUCUGGGGCAACGGCGACGAACCCUGGGACCUGACAACCUUUGACGAUGCUGCCGCCUACACGGUCGCAACAGUCCUCGACCCCAGUGCAGUAGGAAUUCUCAGAUUCCGGGGCGAUAAAAAGUCAACCCGCGAAAUUGCACAACUGUAUGAGAAAGUCUACGGCAGAGUCCCCAAAUUGGUAUCUCGAGGCACUAUAACUGAACUGUACGAUUUCAUGCAAGCUGAGAAACAGAAGUAUGUUGGUCAGAACAAAUGGUUGUACAUGACAUGGUUCUAUCAGUAUUAUAUCCUCAAUGGGCAAACCCUGCUUAAGGAGCCCAUACACAAUAAACGGUAUCCUAACGUGCAGCCGCACUCGAUGGAGAGCUUCUUCAAAGCGAAUGACGUAUCCAACCCUAAACACUUGAUCAGGCCUCUUUAG